UCAAUUUAUUCUCUUAAGUUGGAAACCCAAGAAAAGAAUGAAACAAUUCUCGGCCUUAGAAGUAAUAUUUAUAGCCCAAUUCUUAACUGUGGCCGCUUGCUUGGAGUGCUACACCUGUAAUUCAAGUUCAGACAUUGACUGCGCAAAAAGGCCGGGAAAACAGUUGGAAGUACAAGAAUGCAAGGAAGGCGAUGAAUGUGUAACUGCGAUAGUCGUAAAUGGUACCACUCAAAGAGGUUGCUUAUCAGAAGUCUUUCCCAGCAAGUAUUGUUCAGGCCUAUGCGAGAAGUGCAACAAAUCUCUUUGCAAUGUUCGAAUUUAUCCUACAGAUCGCUUGCGUUGUUAUCAGUGCCUCGGUUCAUCUUGCAUAGAUGUUCAGAAUAGCUUAGUGCAUAAACCAGAGGUUUGUGGUGUUUACAAAAAGGAAGACCGAUGUUACACAAAUGUAAUAAGCCAAGACACGGUCAGACGUGGAUGUGAAGUGUCUGAUAUUGAAAAGUUAGUCAAUUGUACAAAUAUCUGUCUAAAGUGCAACUAUGAUGGUUGCAACAAUGAAAUAGGAGUUACUCGUCAUAAUUGUCUAGCAUGUUCCUUUGCUCAGUCGUAUCCGUCGUCGCCAGACUACGAUUGUCUCAGAAAUCAAAAGGAUUCAGCAAAUGAACAAUGUAAAGUAUCGGGACCAAAAACGUGUUACAAUAAAGUACUCCUUGGCCAUAAAGGAAAGUGUUACACACUUAGAAACGAACAAACAAACGUCCUCACCCGAGGUUGUUCUUCUGCAAUGGGAUCCACAAUCAAUGGCAAUUUAACGGAGUGCUACGGCGAAUACUGCAACGACGAGUGUGUCACUAUAAACUGUAAUGUUUGUGAUUCUAAAACCAAUCCCGCCUGUCGCAAUCAAACCAUCACACUCAGUCCUCAAAAAUGCCAAUCGCAUUCAUGUUUUUCCUGCGAAGAGGGUAUGCAUCUCUGGCGAGGAUGUGGAUCCGAUGCACCACCACCAAAAACAAAUCAAAUCUGUUAUGAAUGUCGUGAUGCAAACGGUUGUAAUCGACAAACCAUUCGUUCAUGUUACAAGUGUUCAUCCAUCAAAGACCCCAAUUGUGCCAGUUGGUUGGAUAUUUCGAAUAUAACUGUCAGUAAUUGUACCCAUCGAGAUGAGAAAUGCGUGACUACGUUAGUUUCCAGGCUGAAUUUGGUCUACACUUUACGUGGAUGUGAUUCUCAAGUUGACGAGUGCACUGAAAGUGAUCCAUUUUGUGAUCGCUGUGAAGGGAGUCUUUGUAAUUAUGGGUCGAAAAUAUGGAAUCCUGACGAGAAACUGGUAAAAUAUCGAUCGUGGUUACGUUCCUAUCUCAUGCAAAAAAAUGGUAGUGGAUCUUUGAAAUUGAACAAUGUACUUUUUUUGGUACAAUUAAGCCUUGGAUUUUAUUUUUUAAUUCAUAUUUAAUAAAAAGAUUGUGAAUUUUUACUGUGA